GUGAACGGUCCGGAUCCAAACACGCUCUCAGUCAGUCGGUCGGUCGGUCGGAGGAUUAACGCUCAGCAGGAGGAGGAAGAGGAGGAAGAGGAGGAGAGCUGCUCCACCUUCAUCGGAACUACCUGCUUCAUCUCCCGCUGCCUCCAACCCCUCCUCAUCAUCCCCCAUUCCCCCAGAGAGAGAGAGAGAGAGAGAGGCCCGCUGGUCCACGGCAACAGGUCGAGCAGGAUCCGGAUAAUAACCACUGUUAAUAACAAUAAUAACAAUAACAACAACAAUAACAACAACAACAACAAUAAACCGGGUGAUGAGCAGCGGACUCUCAGCAGCAGCGGAUGGUCGACAGAGAGGAAACUGCCAGCAUGAUGCCGAUGUUCCUCACCGUGUACCUCAGUAACAACGACCAGCACUUCAGCGAGGUUCCCAUCACGCCGGAGACGCUGUGCCGAGAUGUGGUGGAGCUCUGCAAGGAGCCCGGCGAGGCUGACUGCUACCUUGCAGAGAUGUGGAGAGGCUCAGAACGCGUCGUUGGAGAAGGGGAGCGGAUGUUGGAGGUGUUGCAGCGAUGGGGGCAGCAGAGGGGGGAGGUUCGUUACCUCCUGCACCACCAGAGAGCUCCGGGACGAGAGUCAGGUGGAUCCAGAGCUGCAGAUCAGAUGAUGAAGAGGAACCAGGUGAAAGCUUCUGUGGAGAGAUGUCUGGAGAACGGGCUCUCAGCUCCUCGUCUGGACAUGACGCUGAGCGACCUGCAGGAUCUGGCAACCCGACAGCAGCAGCAGAUCAACGCCCAGCAGCAGCUGCUGGCCUCCAAGGAGCAGCGGCUGCGUUACCUGAAGCUGCAGGAUCAGCGGCAGCAACAGCAACAGGAGGUGUCCGAACAGGAGCGACUGCGGCAGCUCAGAGACAACGCACACAACCAGGAGGCCAAACUGCGACGGGUCCGGGCCCUCAGGGGCCAGGUGGAGCAGAAACGCCUCAGCAACAGCAAACUAGUGGAGGAGAUCGAGCAGAUGACCGGGCUGUUCCAGCAGAAGCAGAGGGAGCUGGUGGUCGCUGUGUCGAGGGUGGAGGAGUUGAGCGACCAGCUGGAGGCGCUAAGGAGCAACAGGCUGGAGCCUCCUCUUCCUCCUCCCCCUCAUCACCACAACACCUCCUCCACAGCUGAGCUGGAGCGCCUCUAUAAAGAGCUGCAGCUGAGGAACAAGCUGAACCAGGACCAGAGCGGCCGUCUGCAGCAGCAGAGAGACAACCUCAACAAGAGGAACCUGGAGGUGGUGGCGAUGGACCGACGGCUGGCCGAGCUCCGACAGCGGCUCUGGAAGAAGAAAGCCGCCCUGCAGCAGAAGGAGAACCUGCCGGUGGCCUCCGAUGGCGUGGCCCCUCAGCACGGCGUGGUCUCCAGAGUGGCAGCGGUGGGGCCGUACAUCCAGUCAUCCUCCUCCACGACGAGCCCUCAGGGGCCUCCAGUGCCGGCCCGCCAGGAGGCUCUGGUGAAGCCGGCGUACCCGGACGGCACGGCCACCCUGCCCAUGCCCGACUCGUCCCUGAAGCCGCCUCCCAGACCAGUCAAACCAGCCUCAGGUUUCAACACAUCCAAAAUCACCAAACUCUCGGACUGGAGCGGCUCGUUUCCUGAGUCCAGUGGAGGUUACAGCCACGCCUCCACGCUACCUCGCAUGUCCAGUCUCAGCAGCCACAACUCAGGUGGGAAGACCCUCACGGACAUCCCGCCCCCUGUCCCCUCACGGACCAAUCACAUCACAGAGAACCUGCUCAGAGACAAUCAGGGUAAAGGUCUGUCCAAGAUGGCGGCGCCACCUCCAGUUCCCAGUAAGCCCAAACCGUUCUCCUCAUCUGGACCGCCAACCUUCUCCAAGCACCCCUACAGCACCGGGACCUUCCCUGGUAAGGUGCGUCCAGUUGGGGGCAACCUCAGGGCCCCGGGUGUCCUCUCCAGCCACAGCCACACCCUCCCUCUGCCCAACAAGCAGGAGAGUCCGCCGGCUGCCGCCAUACGGCCGUACACCCCCGACCUAUCAGAGGCCCCCCCUCCAGUGCUGCAGAAGCCUCAGACUCUGGCGGCUUCGUCCAUCUACUCCAUGUACACCCAGCAGGCCACGCCCGGGAAGGGCUACCAAGCGGGUGGCCAGGGCACGCUUCCCCGGAGCCAGCCCAGAGUAUAUGGGAAACCAGUGCUCCCAGCUAGCGGCGGCCAUCAGUCUGUCUCCUCAGACAGCGCCAUCAUUAAUUCUUCUGUGUCUGACGGGAUUGAGGCUGACAACAGUUGCCUGGGUAAUGGCGAAGGUGUCGGAGGAGAGACGGCAGAACGCAGCACCCCGAGACCGCUCAGCCCCACCAAGCUCCUCCCCUUCCUGUCCAACCCUCACAGGAACCCCAGCGACGCCGACCUGGAGGCUCUGCGCCGCCGGCUGCACCACGCCCCCCGACCCCUGAAGAAACGCAGCUCCAUCACAGAGCCCGAGGGCCCGGCCGGACCCAACAUCCAGAAGCUGCUCUAUCAGAAAACCACUCUGGCUGCCAUGGAAACCAUCCCCAUGGAGACGGUCGGUCCAGCGGGGACGUAUGCUCAGCUUUGCGAGGGCGGGACGGGUGGUGUGGAUGUAAUGUUCAAAGUCGACAACGACCCCGGAGCUGGUUUCAACCAGCCGCUCGCUGAGAGCCCAGAGGAAGGCUUGACCCCGCCCCCGCUGCCCCCCCGCUCACCCAUCUCUGACCCCGCCUCCUUCCGCUCCCUGCCCCCCCCUCUGGAGGACAAGGACGAGGAGGAGGAGGAAGAGGUGUCCGUCUCUACCCCCCACAACUACUUUGCAGACGAGUUUCCUCCCUACCCGCCCCCACCUUACCCCACCUGCAGCGAAGGGGAGCUAGGAGAGGACGUCUUCAACCUGCAGCCGCCGGAGGUCACGGGUCAGGUCACAGUGCCGCCGGGUAAGAAGUCGAUCCUGCGUAAGGCCGGCUCGGAGCGGAUCGACCCCAGCCAGCGGGUCAAGUUCAACCCUCUGGCCCUGCUGCUGGACUCGUCUCUGGAGGGCGAGUACGACCUCGUUCAGAGGGUCAUCUACGACGUGGACGACCCCAGCAUGCCAAACGAUGAGGGCAUCACAGCGCUGCAUAACGCCGUCUGCGCCGGCCACACCGAGAUCGUCAAGUUUCUGGUUCAGUUCGGAGUCAACGCCAACGCUGCCGACAGCGAUGGCUGGACUCCUCUCCACUGUGCGGCCUCCUGUAACAAUGUCCAGGUCUGUAAGUUCCUGGUGGAGUCGGGGGCGGCGGUAUUCGCCACCACGUACAGCGACAUGCAGACAGCUGCUGACAAAUGUGAGGAGAUGGAGGACGGCUACGCCCAGUGCUCGCAGUUCCUCUACGGCGUCCAGGAGAAGAUGGGCGUAAUGAACCGCGGCGUGGUGUACGCCUUGUGGGACUACGAGCCUCAGAACGGCGACGAACUUGGCUUCAGCGAGGGCGACUGCAUGACGGUGCUGAGACGGGAGGACGAAGUGGAGUCGGAGUGGUGGUGGGCGAGAUGUGGUGACAGCGAGGGCUACAUCCCCCGCAACCUGCUGGGGCUGUAUCUGAGGAUCAAGCCGCGGCAGAGGAGCCUGGCUUAACCGACGGCCGACAAAUCCUUCAAAAGACCAAAAGCGUUACGAGGAGGAGGAGCGGCGGGCAAAUAAACCUCUGGACUCUAAAUAUCACAAAAUGGGAGACAGAUGUUUUCUGAGCUGCCAUUGGACCUGUUUGGUUUUUCAACCUCAGCACAAAGAAUGUCUCGAUGAACUGCCGGAGAAACAGGAGUUCAUCUGAAUCCUGUGGUACAGUUUAUCACUUUACCCAAAUGUAUCAGCAGAUAUUAGACUUUUUCCAACAGUGAGCCGCCCUGAGGCACCUGGGAGCCUCAAAAACUAAAUGUUAAACUUAUUUUGGGUUCAUCUUGUAAUUCUUUUUUAAGAUUUUGUCUUAUUUUAGUGAGUAUUGACAGCUGAUAUAAAGACAGGAAAUGUGGGGAGAGAAAGAGGCAUAAUCAAACUGUGGACGUGGGGCCACUAUCGUUGAUUUUCUUCAUUAUUAAAGUAUUUAAAGGUUCAAUAUGUAAAGUUUUGUUAACAGUGCCACCAGUGGCUGUUCAGUGAACUGCAGUCAGAGUCCUGUUGCAUCAAUCAACAGCGACAAACACUGAACGCUGUAAAAUAACUGACAAUCAUAUUUAGAAUAACGUAACUAUCUGCAAUGUUCCUAUAUUUUAUUCGGACCGUUAGCUCCAUGCUACUAACUAGCUCGCUGUUUACAAAUCAGCCCAUCAGCCAACACCACGAAGCAAUCGACGCCAGUCCCACAAUGCAACGCCAAGAUACAGCCAGCCAGACAACCCCAGUUAGCUGAGCUACAUCCAGCUAGCUGAGCCUCUGUAGACGUUAGCGGACUCGAUUUAUAAGCUAACGUUAGCUAGUGUCGCCCACUGUUGACACUGUAAUUUGCAGAAUAUCCGACCCCAUCCUACGUAGAAACACAUAAAUCCGUCCACUAGUUUCACCAAAUGUAUCAAUACUGAAAUUACAACAAACACACAUUUAAGAGGUUUUAUACCAAAUUUGGAUCUUAAAGUUCUAACAGUCAUUUUUAUGUACAGUACGUUUGUGUCGUACGAAGCCCCAAACAUUUCUUUCUCCAGGCGCUCUGUAGUACAGAGGAUUUCCACAGGUAGUGUUUGUGGCGUUAUUUUAACUGUAAUCAGUUUUUGUUGGACACGUUUGCAGAUCUGAUCCAGCUGAAGGCCUCGGACAGACCCGGCCCCGUGUGGACCUUUUGUUAACGUUAGUUUGAUAUUCGUGUCAUUAAUGUUCUCUGGACGCAGGAGCUCAAACAAAAGCACUUGUUUUUUUUUAUUUAUUAUUAUUAAACUUUAUUUACAAGA